AAUCAACAGCCGGCUGUAGAGUAUAGACUACAAAGAACAAGUUACAACCGAUUAGAGAGUUCUUCAAUUUUGAAAAUCGUUAGUUUCUACUAUCUAAUUAUUUUGAAUCUUCAGUUGAGUCUUGAGCUUCUGUUGCGAUGAAGAAUGAACAGGAUGACGAUGAAGUAAUUAAAGAAAUACCUGUAUUUCUGAGCGAUGAUGCAAUGCAAUUAUUGUUGUUACACUAUCCUACAAGAUUGUCUAAUAAUGAUCAAUUACUGUCGUCGAAUGUCACCCAGUGCAGAUAUAAAUCAGAAUGCGAAGAGUUGGAGAUAUCUUACGCGCUUGAUACUGAUCAAAAUUAUGACAAAGGCCAUGGACAAGAUUUAGCUAUCGAAAURGAUAAAACAUCUAAAGAUAAAAGCAGCUAUCCAAGCGGUAUGGUUGAUCACUUAAGCUUUGAAUCCCACAAUACAUCAUCAAAUACAACUGAUAUGAUAAUGUAUACAUCCGGAAAAAGUAUUCAUUUAUGUCCAUUGAAGAAAACAGUGAACAUGCUCCCUAAAUUAUCUCACAUUGAUAAGAUUGACCCAAAGGAUGAAAAUAAAAAAUCUACUCAAAACGAGUCUGAAGAGGAAGAAGAAGAAAGUGAACAGAUUAUGGCAAAAUUUAAAGAUAGACCUGGUAAAAAAAGUGAAAAGAAAAAAAUGCAAGAGAUGGUUCAACAAAGAGCAAUGGAACCUUGGAUUGAUUUAAAUUUUGUACCAAAUGGACAAUACUUUUCUAGGAUUUACUUGUUGRAUUCUGGCCAGAUUGUCAAUCGUAAAAAUAUUGGGAAAAUGUUUAAUGCACCACCAGAAGAAGUUAAGGAUGUUUUGACCUCUAUAGCAGUACUGGAUCAAACUAAAACUUGGAAACUGCUUGUUACCGACAAUGAUGGAUUUUUAGAAAC